AUGGAAGUUUCAUCUUCCGCAAGUUCAUCGUUUGAGUCGGACACUCCACCACUCUGUGAACUGAUUGACCGCAUGCAUGCAAGCCUCAUCUCAUUACCGGAGGAACUAUGUGCUGCCUCACGCCCGUCAUCCCCGACAUCAGAAGCGCGUACGGCAGCGUGGAAGAGCGAAGUCGCACACGCCGUGCAAGUCGCGGCAGGGGACACGACGCACCCCAAGUGGGGUUACGUAUCGCGGAUCACCAAACUAGCAUGCACGAGUCGUGGCUAUAUCGGCAUAGCGCCCGGGAUCAGGAUUGGAGACGGGAGGAAGGUCGAUGUCGGCCAGAAGUUCGAAUGGGCUUUGCCAGAGGCGGAGAAGGACUGGACACGCUGCGAGAAGAGGUGGGAGGCGGCUGCCGAUGCGGAGAAGAUGAAAGCGAAGACCAAACCCACGUCCAAGGCGACUCGCACCUCGAAGUACUGGGCGGAGCCUGUGCGGGACCAGCCAGAGGCAUCGUCGUCUCGGUCAGCCAUCGCCCCUGCGCCCAGGAAAGUGGACAUCGUCCGAGAGAAGGUCGAAAGGUGGCAAGCUACAGUGGCUACAGUGCCCGAAGACCCGCCGGCCUCGCAGAUGACAAUCGACCUCUCUCAGUCUUCGAAGACCGAUAAGACGAAGGGAAAAGCGAAAGCGAAUGAGGCGCAUACGCCCAGUGAGAAAGUGCAAGGGUCGCUAGGAUUUCCGGUUGUGAAACGUUCGAGCGUCAUAGAUGCGAAAGGAGGCCGCGGCGCGGCUUCCAAACCCAAAGCUACACCACCAGCGCGUCCUCCAACACCUCCAAAUCACAGCCACAUGCCGCUAGGGGCCUCGAGACCGCUAUCUUCGCCCGACGGCCAAAAACUACCGGUAGACCAACAACAUCAGGAUGUUCCUCAUAUUGCGGAAAUGUCAGAGCUUUCCUUCUUUCCCCCGUCCUUCCCAUCGCAGUUGAAGACCUCGACGCCUCCCCUGAAUACCAAGCGCCGAAAGCCCGCGCCCAUUGCGCCUUGCUCGCCUCCACCAUCUUCCCCUCAAUCGUUUGCAUCUUCGAAAUCAUUCGACCCAUCUCGCCCGCAGCGCCGAGAGCAUCGAUUGACAUCCUCGAGCGCCCCCGCUACUUCGCCAGCGCAGAGACCAUUGAAGCGUGCACGAACUCCAAACUCAACUGUCGAUGACCGCAUGGAGGUCUCACAGGCGUCACCGCUCGCUAAGGCCCCGCCCCCGAAGAAAGCGCGCACUGCGCCGGUUUUGGAUCAGGAACCACCGAUUUCGAGCGGUCCGCAGUCUGUACCGCCCUCUACGCCCCCGCCCACCACUUCUCCAUCCAGGGCCCCUGUAACUCCCGUCUCAAGGGCGAAAGGGCUGGGUAACGCGAAGGGUCUUCCAGUGCCGACUACCCCAGAUAGUCACCCGCUGCCCACCCUGACUGAGCUCCUGGCGUCGUCCCGCCGCUCGAAACCGCGCCCACGGCCGCCUUCGCGCAAACACACCCCGCAGAGCCACACAGGCUCCCAAGCUAAGCCACCCGCGCAGGCGCAGCACGACGCCGAGUCCGAGUCCGAGCUGCCCGUGGUGGCUGAGGAUGACCCGGAAGACGACCCGGAACCGUCCCCGACGAAGACAUACUUCUCCUCUCCUGCCUCCGGUUCGUCGGACUCGGGCUCGGUCGUGAACCGCUCGCCUAUCUCGCCCCUGUUUUCGCAGCUUCCUGGCGGGUUCAAGCCGCGGUUCGUGUCCUCGCAGCGCCCGAGCGCGAACGAAGAUGACCCGUUCGUAGGCGCGCAGAGCCAGAGCCAAAGCCAGGGUCAGGGCCUUGUGCGCGGCAGUAGCGGCUUCUUCGGCAUGGGCUACAAUUCUCAGUUUGAUGUCGAGGGACAGGUGGACCGCGUCAGCGAAUUACUGGAGAGGGAUGUCGAUUACAGCGGUUGGCUACGUGAUCUGGAUGACGAGGACGAGCCAGAGGCGCAGACGCAGUCUCAGGCGCAGACCCAGAGCCAGGGUGCGGUUGGGGUGGGAUACUGAUGUAGAAGAGGGUGCUUUCUUCCUUUUUCGCCGGUACUGUCGGAUGUAUG